CAUUGACCUACUAACACAGAUUCACGAGUCAUAAGCCAACUUGAAAGGAAAAAGCCAAGGGAGGAGAUAGGUACUUCGCAACUUAGGGUUUUGUCCACUGUUGGUUUCUUAUUAACUGAUGGAAAUCCUACUUUUCCCUGUGCAUGAUACGUGGUGGAAAGCCAGAGCAUCGCUUCCCUCCAGGUGACAGAAAAGAUUUCCUCCACUGAAGUGGAUUAAUCGAAUGUGGCAGUUACUACUGAUGUAUACAAGCAUUAUGGUGUACAGUUAAAGACUUAUAAGAAUAUUGUCAGUAGCAAACAGUGAUAUUAUGCAGUCAGUGAAGCAAGAGGUGGAUGCCAGUGACUCCUACAGUGGAGACGAUGCCCUGGUUCUGGCUGUGGCCUUACAAGGGGCUAACAGAGACCUAAUAGACCACAAAUUCUCUGCAGUUCCAUUGAAGGCUAAAACUACCUGUCGCCGGAAAAGAGAAUUUACCCCAGAAGAGAAGAAAGACACCCUUUACUGGGAGAGGCGACGCAAAAACAAUGAGGCAGCUAAGCGCUCGAGGGAAAAACGGCGCAUAAAUGACAUGGUGCUUGAGAACAAGCUGAUGGCCCUUGGUCAGGAAAAUGCCUCCCUCAGAGCUGAGUUACUGUCCUUGAAGUUGAAGUUUGGCCUGGUGAGCUCUGCAGCAUAUGCACAGGAAGCUCAAAAGUUAUCCAGCUCCACCACUAUCAACAACCUCUACCAGGAGUUUGGUCCACCUAGUGCUGACCAAGGUUCUUCGAGCAGGAAUAUGGAGCCUCUUAAUCUGCACAGCAACUGUAUAUCAGUCAUCAAGCAUUCACCUCACAUGCCACAGACAUGCCCUGCCACUCAGAGUAGAUUUAGUAUCUGCAAGACCGCAGAUAUCAAGCAAGAACCAGCAGAGAAUGGCAGCUAUGCACAGGAGAGGAGUAGUCCCUAUGAACUCUAUGGAAACUAUAUGGCCAGCACUUCAUCUGGAGUCUUCUCUCAGCCUGCUUCAUUCCUCCAGAUUGCCAGGUCAUCCAGUAACUCUCCCAGGAGCUCAGAGGAUGGUGCUGUAAGCAAAUCAUCAGAUGGUGAAGAUGAGCAGCAGGUUCCCAAAGGGAUAAUAUCAUCUGUAGCUAACCCAAGAAGUGUCAUUGUCUCUGCACACAAAGUGCCAGAUGCCAGUUCCUCAGCUCUGCCGCAUAAACUGCGUAUAAAGGCCAGAACGAUACAAAUCAAAGUGGAGGCCAUUGACCCUGAAUAUGAGUUCUCUGGAAAGUCCUCUUCUGUCAGCAUUUCAGAACAAGGAUGCUACCAGACAACUCAGGACUCUUUAGAGCACACACAGUUCCCCCUGUGCCCUUUAUCAGUACAAGUCAACAGCAUUCAAGAUUGGACCCACCAGUCUGAGCAGUGGCAUAAAAGCAACACAGAGAUACUUCAGGAUGGCUGCAAGAGUAGCAGGCUAACCUCAAGCCCCCUCCCAAACAAAACUGUUGUGGAUGUAAAAGAAUCUUCCUAUGCACACUCUGAGAACCUGUAUAUAAAACAGGACCUCAGAAGUGGCCUCCUUGAUAAGACCUAUCUCAACACAGCAAGCCUCUGUGACGGAGUUGACCAAAAGCACUACUGACCAUCAGUAGUCACUAUCAAAAAGAUGCUCGCCUGAAUGAGCUUUGUGUGUUUUGCAUUUCCAAUUUUUUGCCAUUGCACUGUGUGGUUUAUAUUAGAGUUAAAUAAGAUUUGGAUUAACGUACAUUUUCAAAUGAUGGCAUGGUCUCAAACAACUUUUGAGAGCACAAACACUCUGUUUGCUAAUAUAGGCUAAGUAGGGGUGGAAUACUGUACUACAGUAGUUCACAUGGUAAAUUCAGCAUAAUGUGCAAAUUCACCACAAUAAAUCCAUCACUCCAACAACACAGUUAUACCACACUCAGUAAUCUGCCUUUCAGUUUCUGCAACACAGAUACCGUUUUCAUUUACUUCUUAUUUCUAGCUUCUUUUUUUUUCUUUUUGGACCACAGUUAACUUGCCUUUGAGGAAACUAUGAAAGUAGUUUUUGGGAUAUUUGCCUUUAUUUCACACAGCUUGGUCAAAGAGAGGCUAUUAAUGGCACUUCACACUUCUUUCUAAUGUUUGUAUUAAAUGCUUCCCAGGAAUGGAUGGAAUAAUGAUGAAAGGCUUUUAAUGUGAAAUAUCUAUGUUGGAAUAAUGACUUUCACUGAUAACAUUUUGAUCAGGGGUUGUAAAAAAAAAACCAGCAAUGUGAAAGUGAGUGGACUUAAUUAAGAACUGAAAACAUUAUUUCUGCUAAAAUGAACAGGAAAAAGGUGUAGCAGAGUGGUGUGUAGCCUAUGGCCUGACUGUUUUACCAAUUAAGUUAUUGCAGACAUUCACUAUGGUGUUCCUCCAUGUUUAACAGAUAAACACACUGUUGUUUGUGUUACCAGCUAAUUGAGGUCGAUAAGAAAAGAGGGAGACCUUUUAAUAAAAUGUGAUCAAAUAUAGUCAUGAAACGGACUUGGAAACAAUGGCCUGUCCAUUCGACCUGUUUCAAAUAAACACCAGGUUCUCUGCAGUAGCGGUAGCCUCACUUCAAGAUAUCUGGGCACUAUUUGUAGAUGGACAAUUUAUGUGUGAUAUGCAUCAUUAAUACAUAGGAUAUUACGUGUGGAUCUUUUAUUUUUCUUUUACAAAAUUCUUAUGACUGCUGUUGCUGUACCAGUAUACACCUACUAUGAUGAAUACUGUUGUGUUUUGAUUUUAAAAUGUUCCCAAAGGUUCGAAGUCUGGCCGUUCUUUGCCUUAAAGCCUGAACUUCAUAAUUUUUUUUACUGAUGUAAUAUGGUUAUUGUAUCAGUUUGUUUAGUGACAGAUUUACAGUGGCUGGAGAUGCAUAUUUCUGCUUAAGAUAAAUGUUCUGUAGUGCUUUAUUUUAUUUAUUUUGUUGAGAUGUGUAAUUUCUCAGUAUUUGUCCAAUAAUUUUCAAGAUAUUUUCUAGAAAGAAUGAGGGUACUGAUGGAGGAAAAAUGGUUAAUUGGUACACUUCCAGUUACUUAUUACCUAUUUAAAUUAACUGAUAAUGUAACCUAGAGGUUCUUUAGUCAGCUGGAAAUGCAAAAAACAUGAUUUGUCUACACACAGACAUAACCAAACACAUAUGGAGAACUAAGUUUCCAAUAAUAAACAAAUAUAUACUUAAUUUGUAGCUUACAUUGGAGCUUUUCUUUCGAGGACAUCUAUUUUUUCUACAGCGUCAAAUUGCAUCUUUUUAGGAAACUUUCUAGGAAUCAAUUAGAAAGUCACCACCAUAAAAUAUAGCAAUCUGGGCCUCUUGUCCUGGCUGGCAGUAUUAAUGUCCUGUACCUUCAUUACUCAAGUAAACAGUACUGUAUUCUUGUAUGUGUUGGAGUCAAUGACACCACAUUGUCACUGCAUUCCAACAGUGUGCUGAAACAACUUCACAAACACCACACUAGACAAUUAUUUCCUCUGUUGUGGCUUAAAGAUUAUGGCUUUAACCCAAGCUUCCUCUAACUUUUACAGCUCUGCUGCAUUCACUAGCAGACUAUUUUAGUACUAUUGUCUAAUUAAACCUUGCAGGCCACUGUUUAAACCAAGAAUGGAUGCAACACUGACUGGAGAAUUGUGAUUACUAUCUGAUAAAAGUGACAAGAGUUUUACACUAGAUGUGUUCUAAUUUGACUGGAUAAAGCUCUGUGAUACAUUCUCCCUUCAAUUUGCGAACAAUUAACAUUUGUAUUAUCAGAGAGUCUCCAGAGAUCCUUAAUUGUACUGUUACUGUUCUUACAAUUGUACCAUUAGAUGUUGUGAAAUCCAGAACCGUCAGGAUUUAUCAUCCAUUUGGGGUGAUUACAUCAUACCUCAUGGUGUCAAUAAAAAAUGCUGACUUCAGACAGGCCUAGUUGAUAGAAGGUAUAAUAACGCAUUUAAUUUCAGAUGAAUGGUGUGUGCAUUUGUUUUCAUAUUUUGGAACAUCUCAAUGAUGAAGAUGACUUUAUUUUCUCCACAGGCUGAAGGCCAGAACACUUUCUUGUCAAUUUUUAUUCACAAUAAACAAC